AUGCUCUCUCGCAAGACCCCAACCCCUGAGAUCCCACCAUCUCCACGCGCAGACUCCCCAUCUAACUCGCGUUCCGACGAAUUGAGUACGGCCCUGUCGGCGUCUCUGCCACCCUCCGGACAUUCGAGGACGACCACGCAGGAUGAGAGCGCAUAUAGUCAUAGCCAGACCGAUGUCUCCUUCGAAUCCGCGAGCUCCGCUGCUGAUCGCUCUAUGACCACCACAACUCGAGCCUACAAAACGGAUCUGGUCCCGGCCAACAGACCAACAACUCUUCUCAUGAGGCAGCCAUCGUUUCGAGUCGUGUCCCUACCUGAGGCGACGCCAAAAUUCCGCAUGAAGACCGUUUUGGAAAAGAAGACCGCGCGGGUCGUAUCCAUGCCUGUCCCUCGCCGCGACCCAGCGUCGGACGGUCUCGACGCACAAAGCAUCGUCGGCGACCCAUUCGGAUCUGAGGACGAAGAGCGCACACGCGUCCGCGUACGUUCGCAGGCGACUGACGUUCCGCACACGCCGUCCAUCCCAUCCUCACCUGACUCUGUGGUAAUCAUCGCAAAUACCAGUAACCAGCUUUCGACUGAAUUUCUCAAACCGCGUGUAGACGAGGAGUCCGCGUCUGAGUCAGACAACGAAGGUUGGAUCGCUUGGACUCAAUCUCCUCCGCGCCCUAUUCCUGCGCUGCACGGCCCACUGUCCCUUCCAUAUGCACGCUGUCCCUCGGGUGCGGAAGGCACGAUAAUCGAGGAGCCGGAUAGUCUACCUCGCGUCAUAUGGGGUUUGAAUGGCGAAGCCACGAGCAACAAAUCUCAAGUGAAGUCGGUACAUCCUCCACCCGCCUCAAUCAAACCUGCCGCAGAGAUUACAGGUGAAACGGCACGACCCGCUGUGAAGAUUCAACAUGCCAGUAAGCCUUCAAUUGCUCAAGACAUUCAAGCGUCGAGCGCCGCGCCUACCAAUCGUGCAAGGCAAGAUAAUCACAACACGACGACUUCUCAUCCGACCCAUGCAGAGCUUCCGCGUCCGCCUGAGUUCAUACUAAAGCACUCGGAGCCCAUCGACCUCGGACGACUGAUGGGGCAUUCUCUUGAAAGGAACUACGUGGAAGUUGUGCCUGAUGGCGCCUUGCCGAGCCCGCGGUGGCAACCUUCAUACGCCAGCGAUCUUCCAACUCCAGAACUGGUCCAUGACAUCAGUCCCGAACUUCAGGCCGCGCUUUUCGCCCAAGAUCGUUUUAGGAGCCACGGACUAACCACGCCAUCUUGGGGUUCCUCUAGUGACAUACAUGGACUCUCGAAUACCUCUCUUCCUGCCUCCUCAUCUUCUGGUUCUCUCUUAGAGUCACUCAAAUCUUCUCGGUCACCUAUUCUGUUGGAAGAGCUCGCGUCUCAGCAUUUACCUCACUCUCAGGGGCUGGCUUCUCGCACGUCUGCGCUGGACAUCGCUCAGAGCUACCGUCAGCAACAACUUCAAGGUAUUCUGCCUACCCCUCCGGAGACUACCUCGCCUAUCUGGUCGUCUACGUUCUCUCCCUACCAAAGCGGGAUGCUGUCUCCGGAACUACUUGCUGCCGCUGCUUUGUCUCAAAUGAAUUCGACUUAUCUUUCCUCGCAGGCUAUACCAUCGCGUCUAGAGCAUCUGCUGAGAGCUGUUCCUAAUGCUCUUGGUACAACCGGUCUAAGUGCUCGUAACGCUGCCCUGGGUCCCUUGUCUCCGGCGGCUCACAUCACCGGCAUUCAUGGCCAGAAGAUCCCUCCUCGUCUAGCUGCGGAAUAUGCUCGUCGUCGCACUCUCCCGGACCCAUACCCGACAAAUGCCCAGCUUCACGACUAUGUCCUCCCAUACUCGUCAUCGGUACGCGGCAGUAACUAUUCGCCUACUAUGCCAAAGGCGCCUCCGAAUACGCCCUAUGGCAGCGCCCCGCCGUAUGGGCUCCGACGAGUAGAUGCGGCUCCUAUGACACAACCGUCGUUCUCGGCUGCGCCUUCCUCUCCGAGCUCCGCGCGGGAAUUGCAGAACACUGGGCUACCUCAGCAUAUCCGGUCGGUCCCUCUCAGCAGGCUGGUUCAACGUCGGCUUUCCACUGUGCCCGAAGAGGACUAUGCUUCUAGUGUCGACGCCGGGCGGAUGCCGCCUGCGCCGGGGCGCGCUAGCGCACAAGGAACCGCUGGUAAGGGCUCUGGCCUGCAUCUGUUCCUUUCGUCAACUGGCCGCGCGAGUGUCAACGCCGCCCCCUCGGACAUGUUGGGCGACCAUGUCAGAGCGCGUUACGACGUGGGUGACAUGGGAGUCUCUGCAGACAAAACGCGCACCAUCACUCCCGGAGUGAAGCUGCCGGGCGUCCCAAGGAAGGGACACGGCCCGGUCGUUAGCAGAGAAGCACAGGUCGUCAAAGAAGUUUCUGGUCGCCAGGGCAGCAACAACACAAACAUUGACGGUGGGAGACGGGGAGAAGGCGUUCGGGGUAGAGGCCACAGACGCGGCGGGCGGGGUAGAAAGGGCCGAGGCGGGCACGCGAAUGGGGUUCAUGGCGCGGAGCGCGUGGAUGGCGGGCUCGUGGUGAAGUCUUGA